UUCACUAAAUACUACUGCCCAACCCAAUAAUAUAAAUUCCUCUCUUUAGGGUUUUAAGCUUCUUCCUCAAUUUACACCUCCAAAGUUGCCAAAAAUGGUGAAGGGACGCCAAGGAGAACGUGUAAGACUGUACACUAGAGGAACAGUUCUCGGAUACAAGCGGUCGAAGUCGAAUCAGUAUCCGAACACGUCAUUGAUUCAAAUUGAAGGAGUGAAUACUAAGGAGGAAGUUGAUUGGUAUUUAGGGAAGCGUAUGGCGUAUAUAUACAAGGCCAAAACUAAGAAGAAUAACUCACAUUAUCGAUGUAUUUGGGGUAAAGUUUGUAGGCCUCAUGGAAAUAGCGGUGUUGUUAGAGCUAAAUUCAAGUCCAAUUUGCCACCGAAAUCUAUGGGAGCUAAGGUUAGAGUUUUCAUGUACCCGAGCAACAUAUAAGCCAAGGUCGAUGCUUGCUUGGACACCCUACUUUUGUCUUAUCUUUAGCAAUUAAGGAUUUGAAUAUUUAAAAGUUAGUUGGACAUAACUUGUUUUUGGGCUCUAUGGAGUUUGACAUUUUUAGUCUAUUUGUUUUGUAUUGGGAAAAACAGCAAUGAGUGAAACAUCUGAUUAGACGAUGUCUAAUUUUCUUCUUGGAGUUUCUACAUAUAUUUAUAUAUCUAGCAAGUUUCUUAA